UAUUAAAAAGAAAAAAAUUGUGUUAUGUCAAAUUCUCUAUACAAUCCGGAGUACUUUUAAAUACAUAAAUCUUUUAAAAUGAUAAAAAAAUAAUAAUAUAAAAAAAUGGCAUGCGAGGUAUGCGAGCAUUGUUCGGAACCAAUCGGCGCUGGUGAAAAAGUCGUCUGCGAAGGCUACAGCUACCAUAAACAGUGCAAAAAGUGCUUUGUAUGCAAUGAAAAUGAUUUAACCGACGCGGAAAUAUUUAAAGGCGUUAUAUUUUGUUCGAAAUGUUCAGCACGAUUGUUCCAUACAAACAAAGACAACUCUAAUAAGAAUAAAGAUAAAAACCCUAACAAACUACAUGAGUUAAUGUUGAAUACCACUCACGAAACCUUUAGAGAGUUUGGAAAAACUUCAAUACUCACUUCAAAGACUUCAGUAGAUCGUGUUGAAGAGAAAAACAAAAGCAAACCAAUUCCGCUACAUCCUGGUUCCGAGAUAAAGUAUUUACGGAUGAAAAUGGGUUCUGAACAUACAUCAAUUCUAAAGAAAUGUGAUCCAGACAUUAAAGUGUCCGUAGAAAUGAAACAAUUAUAUAGAGAAUCCCUUCGGUCUACAUUGACCAAUGACCAAAAACUCGCACCAUCUCGCCUGCCGCCUAAAUAUAUUAAAUAUAGGAAGCCGAGCAGUAACCGCCUUAGCGAUAUGAGAGUAGCAGAACUUGGUACGUCAACUGAAAUCGCUAAUACUGCUUUAAGAAAAAAAUCCGAAGACGAAGCUGUAGUAAUUAAAUCAAUGGUACCGCUGAAAAGGACAGCGUCAUCAAUCAUGUCGGGACUGAACACUAAUGAAUCGGGUGACGGGGACGAUUCCAUGAGCAGCGAACUUGAUUACUCCGUUUCCAUGAAGUCACAUAAAAAACAUUGGAUGGAUAGAAGAAUAAGAAGUAUUAUGAAAAUACCAUACACUAGUUUCAAGAGAAACAUUUUAAAGCAAAGUUCGAUUGUGAGCACUUUGAUGAGCGUCGAACACGACCCACAGAGUUUCUUGAAAAAGAUUAAUUCAUUAUUUCAUGAGGAAAUAACCGAACAUCAACGUCGAGGGCUGAAAAGACUUUACUCAACUAUUAAUCGAAGACAGUCGCCGCAUAAGUUGGGAUGGUUGCGUUUGAUGCAGAAGAUGGAUGAACAAAUAAGCUGCAAGCAUUUGAAAACUUCUCACAGUUAUCGCUGCAUGCGCGCGCACGUCAUGCGAAUCGCCGGUCCUACAAAGAGCCAAUUAGCAGGGUUUCGUGCAAAACUUUUUAGGAUGCUUGUCCCAAGUCCAAGACCAGAUAUAAGGUGUAAAAGUAAACAUGUAACACCUUCAUGUCCCAUGGUUAUUGACUCAAGAGUAUCGUGAAGUAACAAUAUCCUUUAUAGAAAUUAGAUAGUGUAAAAAAGUAUGCUCAACUCUCCGAAAAAACAUAAAUAAGACAAAAAUACAUUAGUACACUUUUUUACAACUUCUAGAAAAACAAAAUGUUACUAUCUUAGGUUUUCAGACUGAAAGAUUCAUGCAAAAAUGAGAAGUUUUUGUUACAAAUGUUUUGCAGUGGAAAUUCUUGCUAAUUAUGAAAAAUUUAACAAAUUCGGAGUACCAUUGUAAAAAAUAAAGGUUACUUAUUGUACAGCAAUUAAUGUCAUAAUUUUUAUUGUCAUUGUCUUAUUGUAUUUUAAUAAACGGUCCUUAAUGAUUGACUA